AUGAAGGCCGGAAUCUUCUUCUCUUUCUUCGCUCUCGCCGCCUCGGCUUUCGCGACUCCCAUCAUUGCGGAGCGCCAGCUUGAGACCCAGGUUGAUCAGAUCGAUCAGCUGACCGCCCUUAUUCGCCAGCACACUGCGAACAUGAACGCUACUGCCGCUCUCUACCCCGACAACCCCACCCUCUCUCAGCAGAACGAUGCUGCUAAGCAGCUGAAGCCUGACUUUGACGCUGUCACCGACGCCCUCAAGGCCGCUACCACCACCAUUGCCAAGCGCGAGUUCUGGGCUGAGCUCGUCGCUCGCGGUGGUGGCGGUGAGGAUUCUAACCCCCCUUCUCACGGCGGUGGCAGCUCCUGCAACAAGGACUGCUUGACCCUCAAGAUCAAGGUCCUCAUCUUUGAGAUCACCUACACCCUCAAGUUCCUCAUCGUCAAGCUCGGUCUCGGCUGCCUCAUCCCCCUCCUCACCCCUCUCCUCCUCGCUCUCUCUGGUCUGCUCAGGGCUCUCGACAAGGUUGUUGCCGGUGUCCUCAUCUUGGUCGGCGGUCUCCUCCACGCCAUCCUCGGCGGCCUUGCUGGCGGUCUCCUCGGCCUCAUUGGCUUCUAA